GGGGAGGGCCCGGGAGCGGCGGGUGCAGCUCUGCCGGAGCGCGAGCCCGAGCCCGGGAGCGCCGAGCCCGAGCCCGGGAGCGCCGAGCCCGGGAGCGCCGAGCCCGGCUGGGAUGGAGUCAUUGGAUGCGAUUUGGGAGCCUAACCAAUUUCCUUGAUGCCUCCCAGAAGACCCCCAUUACUCCUUGAAACCCCACAAGGCAUCCCUGACUCUGGGACCAUGAUGGCUGUCAGACUGGCAGGAGGCACCAGUGGUAUGGGAAAUAGGCAGGACUCCUUAGGAGACCACAAGACUAGGGGAAUUGGCACCUCUAGGUCUCCAGGCUGGAUGAGAGCUGCACAUUGGGGCCCAGACAGACUUCUGAGGCAGAUUUCCUUGCCUUAGGCAGGCUGACCUGCAUGCUAUCAGCCCUGUGGGAGGUGAGGAGAAGGUAGGGUUGCUUCUCUUCAUGCGGUGGCCGAGGGGAGAACUAAGGCCCAGGGAGUUGGCCAAGGAACCCUCCCAUUCAUGGAGCAGGCAUCCACCAUGGCUGAGCCCCGGGGCCCUGUAGACCAUGGAGUCCAGAUUCGCUUCAUUACGGAGCCAGUGGGUGAUGCAGAGAUGGGCACCCUACGUCGUGGUGGGCGACGUCCAGCUAAGGAUGCAAGAGCCAAUACCUAUGGGGUCGCUGUGCGUGUGCAGGGCAUCGCUGGACAGCCCUUUGUAGUGCUCAACAGUGGGGAGCAAGGUGGUGACUCCUUUGGAGUCCAGAUCAAGGGGGCCAACAACAGAGGGGCUCCGGGAGCUCUGAGCUCUGACUCGGAAUUCCCCGAGAGUUCCUACUCUCGUGCCAAGGAAUUUCCUGCCCGCUCACAGGGCAGCAUGUCUGAUGAGGAGCCUGGGGCCCACUGGAAUGGAAGGCUACUCCGAUCCCAGUCCCAGGCCUCACUGACAGGCCCUGCCCCCGUGAGUCCGACCACCAGGAGCACUAGCUUGCUGGAGCUGGUCCCCCAAGGAGCUUCCCCUGGGAGCACCAUUGACACUGCUCCCCUAUCUUCAGUGGACUCACUCAUCAACAAGUUUGACAGUCACCAUGGGGGGCAGGCCCGGGGCCGGACUGGCCGGCGCAUGCGGACGCUGCCCCCUGAACAACGCAAGCGGAGCCAAAGCCUGGACAACCGGCUCCCACGGGAUACCCUUGAGGAACGGGAGCGUGGGUCCCGCAACCACUGGACUCCUAGCACAAAGCAUGACAGCCACAUGGGCAGCUCCAAACAGCCGACCCAGAGCCAGAGCCCUCUUGGUGGCUUUAGCCGUUUCCGUCAGACCCAGGACUGGAUCAUUCAGAGUUUUGAGGAGCCACGGGGGAGAGCCCAGGACCCUGGCACGCUGCAGUUCAAGUCAACUCCAGACCUUCUCCGAGACCAGCAGGAGACAGCCCCACCAGGCAGUGUGGACCACGUGAAGGCCACCAUCUAUAGCAUCCUGAAGGAGGGAAGCUCAGAAAGCGAAACCUCUGUGAGGAGGAAGGUCAGUUUGGUGCUGGAACAGAUGCAGCCUCUGGUGAUGGCUUCUCCUGGGUCUGCUAAGGCCCUGGCUGGGCAGAGUGAGCUCACCCGAAAAGUGGAGGAGCUUCAGCAACAGCUGGAUGAAGAGGUGAAGAAGCGGCAGAAGCUAGAGCCAUCCCGGGCUGGGCUGGAGCAGCAGCUGGAGGUGAAGACAGAAGAGUGCAGCCGACUGCAGCAGCUGCUGGAGAGGAAGAAGGGGGAGGCCCAGCAGAGCACCAAAGAGCUCCACAACAUGAAGCUUCUUGUGGAUCAGGGUGAAAGGGCACGGCAUGGACUGGAGACCCAGGUGAUGGAGCUGCAGGAGAAGCUGAAACAGGCCCAGGGGCCGGAGUCUGCUAAGGAGGCACUAAGGAAGGACCUGUUAGAGACUCGGGAGCUUCUGGAAGAGGUCUUGGAGGGCAAACAGCGGAUAGAGGAGCAGCUGAGACUGCGGGAGCGGGAACUGACAGCCCUGAAGGGGGCCCUGAAGGAGGAGGUGGCCUCCCGUGACCAGGAGGUGGAAAACGUCCGGCAGCAGUACCAGCGAGAUGCCGAGCAGCUUCGCCGGAGUAUGCAGGACGCAACCCAGGACCAUGCUGCAUUAGAGGCAGAGAGGCAGAAGAUGUCAACCCUGGUGCGGGAGCUGCAGAGGGAGCUGGAGGAGACCUCAGAGGAGACAGGGCAUUGGCAGAGCAUGUUCCAGAAGAACAAGGAGGAGCUUAGAGCCACCAAGCAGGAACUCCUGCAGCUGCGGAUGGAGAAGGAGGAGAUGGAAGAAGAGCUUGGGGAGAAGAUGGAGGCCUUACAAAGGGAAUUAGGGCAGGCCCGAGCUGGUGCUGCAGACACUCGCCAAAUGGAGGAGCUCAAGAAGGACCUGCGCCAGACACAGCAGGAACUUAAGGAACUGAGAGAAGAGCAGCAGAGCCAGGAGGUGGCUGCGCGCCACCGGGAGCGGGAGUUGGAGAAGCAGCUGAGGGUUGAGGCUGAUCGAGGCCGGGGGUUGGAACAGCAGAACCUCCAGCUACAAAAGACCCUUCAGCAACUGAGACAGGACUGUGAAGAGGCUUCCAAGGCUCAGAUGGCAGCAGAGGCAGAGGUGGCAGUGCUGGGGCAGCGGCGGGCAGCAGUGGAAACGACGCUUCGGGAGACCCAGGAGGAGAAUGACGAGUUCCGACGGCGCAUCCUGGGUCUGGAGCAGCAGCUGAAGGAGGCCCGAGGCCUGGCGGAAGGUGGGGAAGCGGCGGAGGCAAGGCUCCGGGACAGGGUGCAGCGGCUGGAGGCAGAGAAACAGCGGCUCGAGGAGGCCCUGAACGCGGCUCAGGAAGAGGAGGGGGGCCUGGCAGCUGCCAAGCGGGCACUGGAGGCCCGGCUGGAGGAGGCCCAGCGGGGGCUGGCCCGCUUGGGGCAGGAGCAGCAAGCACUGAACCGGGCCUUAGAGGAGGAGGGGAAGCAGCGGGAGGCGCUCCGGCGGGGCAAGGCUGAGCUGGAGGAGCAGAAGCGCUUGCUGGACAAGACUGUGUGCCAGCUCAACAAGGAGCUGGAGCAGAUUGGGAAUGACUCUAAGCAGGCCCUGCAGCAGCUCCAGGCCCAGCUGGAGGAUUACAAGGAGAAGGCCCGGCGGGAGGUGGCAGAUGCGCAGCGCCAGGCCAAGGAGUGGGCCAUUGAGGCUGAGAAGAACUCAGGGGGGCUGAGCCGGCUUCAGGAUGAGACCCAGAGGCUACGGCAGGCCCUGCAGGCAUCUCAGGCUGACCGGGACACCGCCCGGCUGGACAAAGAGCUGCUGGCCCAGCGACUGCAGGGGCUGGAACAAGAGGCAGAGAACAAAAAGCGCUCCCAGGAUGACAGGACACGGCAACUCAAGGGUCUUGAGGAAAAAGUCUCACGGCUGGAAGCGGAGUUAGAUGAGGAGAAGAGCACUGUGGAACUGCUGACAGAACGCAUGAGUCGUGGCCGGGACCAGGUAGACCAGCUGAGGACAGAGCUCAUGCAGGAGAGGUCUGCUCGACAGGACCUGGAGUGUGACAAAAUCUCCCUGGAGAGACAGAACAAGGACUUGAAGAGCCGGUUGGCCAGCCUAGAAGGCUUCCAGAAGCCCAGUGCCAGCCUCUCUCAGCUUGAAUCCCAGAAUUGGGAGUUGCAGGAGCGGCUGCAGGCUGAAGAGAGGGAGAAGACCGUUCUGCAGUCCACCAACCGAAAACUGGAGCGGAAGGUUAAAGAGCUGUCCAUCCAAAUUGAUGACGAGCGGCAGCAUGUCAAUGACCAGAAGGACCAGCUAAGCCUGAGGGUGAAGGCUUUGAAGCGGCAGGUGGAUGAAGCAGAAGAGGAGAUUGAGCGACUCGAUGGCCUGAGGAAGAAGGCCCAGCGUGAGCUGGAAGAGCAGCAUGAGGUCAAUGAACAGCUCCAGGCCCGGAUCAAAACCCUAGAGAAGGACUCCUGGCGCAAAGCCUCCCGCUCAGCUGCUGAGUCAACCCAGCAUGAAGGGCUGAGCUCAGAUGAGGAAUUUGACAGUGUCUACGACCCUUCUUCCAUCGCAUCACUGCUUACGGAGAGCAACCUGCAAACCAGCUCCUGUUAGCUUGGGUCCACAAGGGACCAGAAACCACACUUGCUGCCUGCCCUGGCCAGGCCUAUUCUGCCCUGCCAAGCCUUGAAUUCCUCAUUCCUGGAAGGGGGGGACCCAAUUAUUCAGCCCUAAGACCGGAGGGGUGUGAGUGAUGGUGAUAAAAAGGGCAUCGGCACUAAGCUGGUAAACAGGCUUUCCCUUUCCUCUGGAGGAGUGGGUAUUUUAGGCCAACUGAACCCUUCCUUAUCCUCCCUCACAGCAAUAGGAUGGUCAGCAUAUAGGCUGAGGGGGAUGGAGCAGGAUAGGAAGGGAUAAGACAUUGCCACGUAUAUAAAGCUUUAUUUCUUUAGCCCUUAAUCCUCAGGCUCAGGGAAAUACCUUAGUGAUUUUGCUCCCUUGACUCCUGCAGUGUGUUUUCCUCCCACUCUGGAGCAGGGUGAAGGGGACAUUAUGGGUAAUGGACACACUGGGGUGGCUCUUGGAUGCUCCUCUUUGCACAGUCAUGGGACCCAUAUGUAGUCCCCACCCCUCUCCACUCCUAUAUAUUUUGUCUUCCCCAAGCCGGGGGAUCCAAGGGAUCUGUUCUCCCCUUCCUAGCUUCACCACUCCUACCUUCCUUUCCUUUCAGUGCCUUAGGGUGAGGAGGUAAGGAUGCUCUUCUUGCCUUCUCUACCUGCACAUUCAUACCUCUCCAAGGACCAGCCUUUCCCCAACCAGGGCCCUCAGCUUUCCCUGCUGCCCCAGUCUAGAUAGAGAACUACUGGCUCCUCAGCUGAUGAGCCCUUGGGGGAUGGACUUUGCUAGGACCGUGAUAAGAUGGUGGGGCUUGGCUCUGCUCAGGGUUUCCAUCUUUCCUCCUCUCCUUCUGUGACUAUGGAUGUGUUUAUAAGGGGGUUGCAUCUGGGAAUCCUGAUAACUGUCUACAACGAAUUUGAAAGCAAAGGUCUUUCUUGUGGCUUCUCUGACCCAGAUGUGCCCAAGCUCAGUGGGGAACCAGGGGACCAUCAUCUCAGGAGCUUGGACCUGACACACGGCUUCCUGCCUAGGGCUAAAGACUGACUCUUGGUAGAAAUGGGAAGAGGCAAUGGAAGAUUUAUUCCUCCUUUGGGGUUUGGGGAGAGUCAAGCCCUGGUAGGGAGGAGGUAAGGGAGAUGAUUUACCUUUUUUUCCCCCCCUAUCUCUCUUUAUUUAUAAAAUCAUACUUUGUUUUUAGUUUCAUGUACAAUGCCCAUAGGUACCUCUCUCUUCCUUCUGAUUUACCUUUCUUAUUUCCUAAGCAGGCUCUGUAAGGAGCCUGACGGAGGAAGAAGUCUGUUUUCACCAAUGACUUGUAAUUUCAUGAUUUUUUCUUUUAAAUCUUCUAUUCUGCAAAUUAGAGAUUUUCUCCCAAACCAACCCAAACUUGAUUUUAUUUUAAAUUAAAUAUUAAAAAUUAUCUAUCUAUA